AUGCCGGUCAAAUUAAAUAACAAUUACGAUUUAUCAAAUAACGUUAUAAUACUUACUGGUGCAACUGAUGGCAUCGGUAAAGAUAUGGCAAGAAUUUUAGCUGGAUUUAAUCCAAAACGAUUGGUUUUACCAGUUCGUAAUAAAGAAAAAGCAAACGAUGUAUUGGAAUAUAUUAAAUCUUCUAAUGGACAUGCAAAAAAUGUUGAAGUUUGGGAAAUGGAUUUAGCAGAUUUACAAAGCGUAAAAAACUUUGCUAAUAAAUUCAUCAAAGAAGUUGGAGAAUUACAUAUGUUACUAAAUAAUGCAGGAGUAAUGUCUAGCAAUCAAGUUAUUAAAACAAAGGAUAACCUUGAAAUACAAUUUCAGGUCAACCAUUUAGCGCCAUUUUUACUCACUUUAUUGUUAUUGGAUACAAUAAAAAAAUCGGUUUCCGCUGAAUUACCCGGAAAAAUUACAUUUACUAGCUCAUCUGCUCAUUUCAAUGGUGAGAUUGACUUUGACAACUUACAUCUCGAAAAACGUUCUAGCUAUUGGAAUCCUGUUAAAGGAAAUUACGCAAAUACUAAAUUGAUGAAUGUUAUUGUUGCCAGGGAACUAAGUCGUAUUGUUCAAAACGAAAAUAUUAGAACGUAUUCGCUUCAUCCUGGUGUAAUUAGUACAAAUAUAAACCAUAUGAAUAACAGUUAUACAACUGCUUUUGUAAAUUUAUUAGUAAUGAUGUUUGAAAUAUCAGCUGAACAAGGUGCCAUUAAUACUCUUUAUCCUGUACUUUCUCCCGAAAAUAAAGAAACGGGAGAGUACUAUAACGAAGGAAUUAAACAGGGGCCAAAUAAAGUUGCAAAUGAUCAAGAAGUUGCAAAUAAAUUGUGGAAAGUUUCUGAACAAUUAUUAAGAGAACGUGGGUUGAUUUAAACAUCAAGUUUUCUUU